AUGGCUUUACGGGAAAAGAAUAUUGAAAAUUUGUUAGAAAAUGAGUUAUCAGAUGAAGAUGAUCUGCCUAACGAUGAAUGCAGUGAAGUCGAAAGUAAUAUUGACGAACAGGAAGUAGUAGGAGAAGAUUGCGGAUCGGAUUCAGAAAUUGAUGGUGAGGAAGAUCUGGCGUCAUCGGAAAAAGGCCAAACUCAAAAAACUGAAAGCAGAUUCAAAUUCCUGAAGAAAUUAGCCGAAAAGCUCACAAGAUCACAUAUGGAGCGCCGUGAAAAUAAUCCUCAGAUGCAACGGCAUAUAAAAAUCGCUCUUCGACGUAUACUCCAUCACAAAGACGAGGCGACUCCAGCAGAGGUUCCAGGUGGCAGCCAUGCUAAAGAAAGGUUAGCUGUUCGCAAGACAUAUUCUACUUGUGACCCGAAAAAGAAACGCAGAACCCAAUAUAUUUGUUUCGAAUGUAAGGUACCCAUUUGCCUCGAUUGUUCUAAUAAACUGUGCAAUUUUUGCCGUGAAAAAAUGUAA